AUGAGUGUUGAACAAGUAUUACAGCAUGAUGUUCGUCGUCGAAAAAAUACUGAUGAAAAGUUAUUCGAUUGUUGGAUAUGCGGAAAAAGUUUCUCGAAAUUAUCGAAUUUGAAUACUCAUAUGAGGAUUCAUACCGGUGAAAAGCCGUACAAUUGUGGUAUAUGCAAUAAAAGUUUCUCGGUAUCAUCGAAUUUGAGAAGACAUAUGUUCACUCAUACCGGUGAAAAGCCAUACAAUUGUUCGAAAUGCGGGCGAAAUUUCUCUCAUUUACGGAAUAUGAAAAGACAUAUGCUAACUCAUACCAAGGAAAAGCCGCAUAAAUGCAAUCAGACAUGCAAUCAAAGAUUCUCUGAUUCAUCGAAUUUGAAAAGACAUAUGUUAAUUCAUGCCGGUGAAAAGCCUUAUAGUUGCCCGAUAUGCGGACGAAAUUUCUUUCAAUUAUCAAAUAUGAAAAAACAUUUGAACACUCAUAUCCGUGCAAGUUAUACAAUUGCUCACAGAACGGAAAAAGUUUCUCCCAAAAGUUCCACCUGA